AUGGAUAUAAAAACUUUUGCGGAAGAAAAUUUCGAUCCCAAAAAGUGGAUUAACAAGGCGUGGAGUGCAAGUGGUAAUCAAGAGAAGGAGAUAUUUGUCACCAACACCGUCACAAGAUUGCAGCUCUAUAUGAAGCAGUUAAGUAAUUCGUUGGACGAAACAACGACGCAAAUCGUAAAUUCAGCACCUAGAUUGUUUCAAGACGCAUCCAGUCUGCAGUUAGAAGGCGCCCUGCUUCAGCAGAAACUUCUUACCCUCGAACAACAAGUCCAGGGAGUUGAGCAACAGACUGGUCAGUCCAUAGAGAGCUUGCAAAGAAUUGACCGGUUGAAGAGUCGAUUGGAGAAUGCCGCAUCAGCUCUCCGCGAGGCAGACAAGUGGACGGCCUUGGCUACCUCUCUGGAAGACAUCUUAGAAACUGGGGUACCCACUAGUGGAGAAAAGCUGGCCGAACUUUCUGAACAAGUGGCUGCCAUGACGGCCAGCCUGGAUGUACUGAGCGACGCUCCAGACUACGACCACAAAAAGAUCCAACUGGAAACACUAUUCAACCGUCUAGAAGCGGCAAUUAGCCCUCCACUCAUAGACGCUCUUACACAAAUGGACGCCGGCAUGGUGCCAUAUAAAUUUGUAAAAAAUUACAGCUAG